CGUCUCUUCGUUUCCGGUUCUUCACGCCGCUUCAUUACGCUCCACCCGUCUCUUAGCGAUACGUCGUGCUCAGAAAACACAACUGUCGACGCACACCCGGAAUAUCAACGAUGGGCUUGCAAGUCAGAGUCGAAUACUGCGGCGCAUGAGGGUUCGAGCCCCGCUAUCGGGAGCUCGCCCGGGUUGUCACCGCCGAGUUCCCCGAUGCGGAUGUGUCAGGCUUCGUAGGGAGACAGAGCAGCUUUGAGAUUGAGAUCAAUGGACAGCUGGUCUUCUCCAAGCUUGAGACAAGUGGCUUCCCUUAUGAGGAUGACAUCUUGGAUGCAGUCCAGAAAGCCUCCGAAGGGAAGCCGGUGCAGAAGAUCACCAAAAGUCGUCCACCAUGUGUCAUCAUGUAAAUCUCCUUCCCUCCUGCUUUAACGUCCCACUCUCGCCAACCAGCAGCACCAUGAAACGCCAUCGCAGACGCCUACUGCCACUGUCACCUGUGGUUUAAGCUGCCCCCCGCUAAUGUGCUCUGGGAACAGACCUUGCUCUGUACGACACAUACCAACAGAGAUGAACUGAAACCACUAGCCACUGUCCUGGACAAAGAGACCUAUCACCAGGCUCUGUUGUGCCUUCUGUCUCCUCUCUCUGCACCCAUUAUGGAGCUCCAGGUUGUUAAUGAUUGCUUUAGCCUAAAAAGUGUCAGGUUAUAGUAUGAUGAAUCCAAUCCUGGAAGCUUCUUCAUUAUAGGAGCAGAGACAGGGAGAAGACCUUGCAGAGUGUUGGGAGGGGGUCCACUUUUAUAUUCCACAAGCCUUGUAGCUGGGCAAACCUGACUGCCUGAUUGCUGUUUUUUUAAUUUUGUUUCCUGACAUGCAAUUAACAGUUAUUGAUUUUCAUUCAAUGCAAAAACUAGCAGUAGGUAGUAAUUUAUAGUACAGUUUGAAGCAAAACAACCCUUUAUCAUCCUAUGUCAAUUAUGCUUUUAAAACAUGUUUCUUGAGUUUAAUAAUCAUUUCAAAUACUGUUUACUCUAUGGAUUUCGGACAGUCGUUUCCUAGAAUUUUGUGCUAAGAAAAUGCUAAACUAAAUAACCUCGUAUAGAAUACCUUGCAGGUUUCUAGUUCUGUUGACCAUAAAUUAAAUUUCAGUAGCUAAUCUGCAUCAAAAUACUUUCUGUCCAUUUUUCUUGUGUCUUCUUAACUGUCUUUUUUUCUGAAUCUGUCCUCCUGCUAUCAAGAAAAACUGGCCAGGUACUUAAGGAAUCAUUAGUGAUGCUUCUGAAGACCACCACCCACUGGUCUGUCAGCUGACACUAAUUACAUACCAAAAUCUCAUUGUUUACUCAGAGGACAGAGGUGCUUCAAUAAAGUUAACGGUUAUUUCAA